AUGGUUCGAUGGCGCAACCUUCAACUCGUCAUUCUCCCAGACAAUGGUAGGUGCUUCUGUGAGGCUGCCCGUACGGGUGCGCCCAAAUUUGCCAAUUGGGAUUGUCUUGAGGGCUUCUCAUGCCCGCGACGUGUGUUGCCGGCUGCAACGCGGCGAUUCCAUCGCCCGACUUGUCUCCGAGAUCAGCGGGCGGAGGUCCCAAGCUUUCUGGAGACCUAUAAACAGGCCGUUGAAUUUCCUCCUGCCACUCAUGAUUUCGAGACGUUCCUUGCUCGAGCUGAACCAAAUACCGAAGUUGUCCUUCAUGGGUAUCUGGGACCUCGGGCAGACCUGUCCAAGAAGCUCUCGUUCGUGAAGCUUACAGACCCAACGAUGAAAUACAGUUUACAGGUUGUCGCUUUUGCCAAGAAUGACGCAUUCGAGAAGCUCAAAGCGCUCAACGCAAACAGUCCUGUCGCAGUGCGCGGAACAGUCCAAAAGAAGAAGGCCAAGGCAUCGGACACAGCCGAUCAACCUGCCGAAGAUAUGUGGGAGCUUGCGUUGGAAGAUAUAAAUGCUUUGAACGACUUCCCAAAGGACAUCAUCAUGACCCCGGAGACCGUAUUUGCUCCUGAACAGCGGUAUCUGCAGCUGCGCUCGGAUGCGGAGCUGCGGGAGGCACUGAGAUUCCGUGCUCAGGUGCGUAAUGUAUGUAAGAAGGAGCUGGAAGAAAACUCCCAGCCCCCGUUCGUGGAAAUUGAGACGCCCCUGCUGUUUAAGUCUACGCCCGAAGGAGCUCGCGAAUUCCUCGUUCCGACUCGCCGACCUGGAUUGGCCUAUGCGCUGCCCCAAAGUCCGCAACAGUAUAAGCAGAUCUUGAUGGCCAGUGGACUACCAAGGUAUUUCCAGUUCGCGCGCUGCUUCCGGGACGAAGAUCUCAGAGCGGACCGCCAACCGGAAUUCACCCAAUUAGAUCUGGAAAUGUCAUUCGCAAAGGGAGAGGAUGUGAUGCGCACCAUUGAAGGGGUUAUUCGCCGACUUUGGUCAACAUUGAUGAAAGAUCCUGCGCCAGAGGGGCCAUUCCGGCGACUACCGUAUCAAGAAGCCAUGGCCCGCUAUGGUUCAGACAAACCAGACACUCGGUACGGCAUGGAGAUUAUUCGCCUUGAUCAUGCACUUCCAGUGGACCUUGUCAACAAGAUAAGCGGACUCCAGGACCCGAUCGUCGAGGCUUUCAAGGUCGAGAGUAAUGAGAAUGAUCCUGCCGAGACAGGACAAUUCAUCGCACAAUUUCUCGACUCCCCAGCCGGUGCCCCUUUCAACAAUAACCCAGACGGAGGACCAGGCGUCUUCGUCUACAACGGCAAACAGCCCUUGUGCGGACUGCAACCUUUCGGCUUCGAAGCCGCCGAGCAGGUGGAGGAAAUUCUGGAACCUGACCACGGAGACCUGAUCAUCCUCCAAGCUCGCCCGCGUGCACCGUUCUCUGGCGGCUCAACGCCAAUUGGCGACCUUCGCCGCGCUCUGCACGCCUUCGCCGUCUCCACGGGAUUUAAACCUGCGCCAACAGGGUUUGACUUCAUGUGGGUUGUCGAUUUUCCCCUCUUUUCCCCCUCCUCCGACUCCGAGCCUGGACAAGGCGGUGCAGCGGGUAUCGCGUCCACACACCACCCGUUCACAGCACCCAAGACUGCCGCCGAUGUGGACAUGCUCCUCUCAGACCCCACACAGGCUGUAGCAGACCACUACGAUCUCGUCGUGAAUGGCGUCGAGCUUGGCGGCGGCAGUCGCCGUAUCCACGAUGCUGCUGUGCAGGAAUUUAUUCUCAGGGAUAUCUUGAAAAUGCCCGCCGAGCGGCUCGCUGAUUUCUCACAUUUGCUUGAUGCGCUGCGAGCUGGAUGUCCUCCGCACGCCGGUCUCGCCCUUGGUUUUGAUCGCCUGGUCGCUGUUAUGCUUGGCAAGGAAUCGGUACGGGAUGUCAUUGCUUUCCCUAAGACUGGGAAGGGGGGUGAUGAUGCCAUGGUUCGUGCGCCUAGCCCUAUGACGGCGGAGGCGUUGGAGACGUAUCAUUUGCGAUUGCGGGAAUAG